AUGUCCGGGCUCGAGUCGAUUCAACGGGGUUCGGCUUUGGAUGACUCGGCACGUCUCGAGGUCAGAGGCGCCGUGGGGAUGCCGUCACGGCCGUUGAAUAUGUGCCAGAAGGAGUAG